AUGUUAAUGGAAAAGGAUCUUAAUAUCACUCGCCUAAUAAUAUUCUUUCGUGGCAGGACAGGGAAACUCCACUACCCUACCAAUGUGUGCGGGCCGCUGUUCGAGGAGGAGCUGGAAUUCUGGGGGCUGGACUCUAACCAGGUGGAGCCGUGCUGCUGGUCAACAUACAGUAUACACAGAGAUACACAGAAUACCUUGGCAAUACUGGAUAAAUUGGAUAUCGACAGUGAGAAGCCUUCAGAAGAAGAGAUCGCCAGACUGUUUGGAUACGAGGAGGCAUAUCUCUCAGGAGAGCUGGGCAUCUGGCAAAGGAUCAAACCUAAGAUAUGGGCGCUGUUCGAUGAGCCAUCCAGUUCACCCACCGCUAAGGUGAUAUCUGCAAUAUCGGUGUUCUUCAUCUGCGUAUCAGUAUUGUGCUUCUGUUUGAAGACGCACCCUGACCUUCGGGUGUCGGAGCCCUUGCUCGAGGAAGAUGAUGUGAAUAACUCGACAGCGGACUUGGAGACCAGGCCCGCGUGGCUCGACAACGGACAGCCGCAUGUCGCCUUCUUUUACAUUGAACUAAUAUGCAAUGUUUGGUUUACUAUUGAACUAUUAGUGCGGUCUGUGGUAGCGCCGAACAUAAUAGAAUUUAUCAAAUCCCCAGUUAAUAUAAUAGACUUUAUCGCAACGUUAAGUUUUUACAUGGACGUUGUUGUAGAAUUAACUGUAGUGAAAAGAAAUAUUGAUAAAGCGGACAUUUUAGAGUUUAUUUCUAUUAUAAAAAUCCUGAGACUUUUUAAAUUGACGAGACACAGUCCGGGUUUAAAAAUUUUAGUACAUACGUUUAAGGCGUCUGCUAAAGAGUUGACCCUUCUAGUGUUUUUCUUAGUUCUAGGUAUUGUGAUCUUUGCAAGUUUAGUAUACUAUGCGGAGAAAUCUCAGGAUAACCCAGACAAUCAAUUCAAGUCAAUCCCAUUAGGACUGUGGUGGGCGAUAGUUACCAUGACAACUGUAGGAUACGGUGAUAUGGCGCCGAAGACGUAUCUAGGCAUGUUCGUGGGCGCGCUCUGUGCGUUGGCUGGAGUCUUGACUAUCGCACUACCAGUUCCAGUGAUCGUCUCCAACUUCUCAAUGUUCUAUUCACAUACACAGGUAAGAUAG